AUGAUUCGGGUAAUCGUGCACGUCAUCGCUGGGGUCAGGAUUGAGGCCGGAAAGGCGCUAUUUAUCAUGGACCUCAUCGCGGACACGGCGAUCGUCGUCUCCACCCAAGCCAUGUUCAUCAUGGCCAUCGAGCGCUCGUGGUCAAUGUGGACGGCCGUCACCUAUGAAGACAGCCGAUCGGCUGCGUUUUCGCUGUGUUUGUAUCUGGGUCUGGUGGCCUACGCGAUCACCCUGGUCGUUUUAUGGUAUCUGGAAGUGAUCGACGCGACCCUCGUCUUCCUCAUCUCCUACAUUAUCAUGUUUUUGGCGUGUAUUCUGUUCGCCGUGCUGCCGUCGAUCUGCCGCCGCGCCCACAAGACCGUGACGCAGGCGCGACGCGUCACGCUUGCCCAGAGG